AGAAAAUCCUAGUGACGAAUGAGUAUCGGGCUGAGUAACAACUGGAAGCAGCUAGUUUUGUAGAUUGUACUUUACUAUAUUCAAGCGUGAUAUUUUUUAUUCGCCAUGAAUUUGUCCGAAAAGCUGUGGUAUCUUAACAUGGCCAUGGGGAUAUACGGGUGCGGUAUGUACAUAUUCUUAAAUGUUAUUGCUAAAUCAGAAAUGCCAGUGGAAAACCUUGGUGACGAACCAACAUCAGCCCCCAUUUGCGACAUGGGAGAUGAAUGCCAUCAGCAGCUGCAGAACCGUUUGGAAACCAUUGAAAGCGCUGUCCGAGCCAUAGUUUCGAUUCUUUCAAUUCAAAAAAGUGAAUUGUUUACAACAGUCAAUAAAAUGUUAGAGCAGGAUCAGGCGGUUAGGGAAAUCUUAUCACGUUCAGAAUGUAUUCAAAAUUUCGGGAGUGGUCUAAACGCUGCCGUUGAGGAAAACCCUUCAGACGCAACGAAAGAUUUCUCUCAGGAUGGAAAAAGCGUCGAACAUUUGAAGGGAGCAAUCAAAUGUUCAUUAGCAAAUUUGAUAGACAUCAGUACGAAAGAUCAUGAUCUAAAGGCCAAUCAAUCUGAUGCGCACAUCAAAGCUUCCGUAAUGACCAAUGGGUCCCUGAAUAUAACAUGGCCCAUCCUCUCCGCGGACUGUCUCAAAUUUAGUUCGGGUGUCUGGAUUCGCAUUUACCAGGCAUCUGAAGGUGAUGACAAUAAGUUGCCGGAAGAGGCGACAGCAAUAACUGCCUUAUCUAUUCCUCAAAAGUGCUGCCUUGUAAACAAAGAUGCUGCUUCGUAUUCGAUCGUCCUUUUCCCGCAGUCACCGUCGGCCGACGAAAAGGAUUCCUGUUUCUUUUCCAUGACCAAAAAUCUCACCCAGUGCAGCGCUUACGUCGUUGAAGUCAUUCCAAACUAUCAGUCACUUUGCGGCAAAACUCUGCGUACGGAAAUGGUCAUUCCGCCCAAUAUUAAGCAAAGCGACGAAUCCAGCACGAAACCGCUGAUAAGCGUUAUAAUGGCCCAUCAAUCGAAUUCGUUGGUCUUCAAUUGGGAAGACAAUUCUGGAUGCGCGCCGCAGUUAACGUCCUUCAACUUGAAAAUAUUUCGAGAUGGAAUUGCAGAUAAAGAAAAGGCCAUUACGACCAUUAGUGUUCCUCGUAGUUGCCUGCAGCAUCUUAGGAAAAAUGAAAACCUGUUUUCACUGGAGUUGCCGGCCGAUAGGCAAACCUGUCCGAUAGACUGGAAGCCUUUAGAUACGUGUCGCAAAUACAGACUCGAUGUCAGCUCUCAGUACUCGGCCUGGAAUAGUCCGUCGUCGUCGUGGGAAAUAUUUACAGGACAAGAAGGAAACUACCCGGUGAACAUAAGCGAUUUUUGGCGAUGCCCGAAAGAUCAUUAUUACUGCCCAUUUCAUGGCCGCUGCCAACAAAUACAAUCCAUCAGCAUUUGCCAAAGUGAUGUCCAGUGCGACGAUGGUCGGGACGAAAAACAUUGUAAUACCGAGUGCAACAAAGAAAGAUUUCGAUGUGGACAGCAAUGUUUACCGAAGGAUUUAGUUUGUGAUGGUAAAUACGACUGUCUGGAUGGUUCCGAUGAAGGCUACGAUUGCAGUUACGCAUAUGUGUGUCAGCAGUUCACGAAUGCAUCGGGUAAAUUUUCGUCCCGGAUUUUUCCUAAACCUGCGUUUGAAAUUCAUCCAGACAGAGUUCCUGAUGCCGUUCGGAAAACGGCAGUGUUGAUAUCAGUUCAACCCGGCCACCAAAUUUGGCUGACUUUCAAUAAAUUUGUCACUUAUAAAGACAAGCAUUUUAUCAAAGUUUAUGAUGGCCCCUACUCGUCCAGUCCUCUUCUGUUAUCACACAGUGGAUUAAGUAAGCCGUACUCUGUGCGGUCAUCAUCCAGCGACUUGUUUGUUGAAUUCCCAUCGUACCAUGACCCGAAUUAUGGAAUUGAGGCUUUCUAUACAAGUGUUAACCUCACAGACGAGUCAUUUGUACCCGGCUGCGGUGGUUAUAUUAACGGCGAAGGGGUUAUUUCGACUCCGAAUUAUUUAUCUGCUGCGACAAGUAGAGACGACUGCUUUUGGUUUAUUGAAUCCUGGAACAGUGAAGACAGUUUUCUACUGAGAAAAUAUUCUUUUGAUUUCAUAACUUCCAAGAUGACCCCUGUAUUAUCCCAUUUCAUUUAUCCAACUAUAACUGUUUACGACGGAUGGAGUACAGACAGUCUUGUGCUUUACGAUGGCAAACCAUCUAACGAACAAGACAACGCGGUCAUAUUCUCAAUCACCAACAAAAUGUUGGUCCAUUUAAAACAACCUAAAGUCAUCAAUGAAUACCGCACCUUUUACUGGAACGUUUCCAAGAUAUCCUCAUCGAAAUGCAAAUAUUACUACGAAGGAACCAGCGGGACCAUAAAAAGCCCAAACUAUCCGAUGCUCUAUCCUCAUCUGACGGACUGUCGCUGGACUAUCAGCGUGAAACCGGGAUCAAAAGUCCGGCUACUUUUUGCGUUCUUCGAGACGCAAGAGGGCUCGGAUUUCUUAUCUGUUUACGAUGGAACUACUGUCCACUCAAAACUUUUAUUGGCAAAAUCGGGAUCCGUACCGACACCUUUUGUUGUUAACUCCUCGACUAAUCAAGUGAUGGUUAGGUUUACGUCAGACGGGGAUACUUCCUUCCCCGGUUUUCUCGCCGUCUAUUCAUCCUUGUCAAAUUAUGUUUUAGAUUUGCCCAAAUCAGCUUGAGAUUCAUUCUCAUCGGUCGCCGAAGGGAGGGAAUCCGCUGGGAAAGUUUGGACUCCUAUUGAGUCGUGAACUGCUGCGGAGACUGUCAGACUUUAUUGUGAAUAAUGAUGCAAGAAAUAUGCAAGUCGGAGUCUAAUUGGAAACUGUCCAAAUAAAUUAGAAAACACAACCCAACUGGCUGUUAUGUUAUUAUACCGGUUAUAACCAACACUCUCUAAAUAUGUAUA